GCACCAUGAGCGCCCUACUCUGCAGGCCCGAUUACAUGGCCUGCGCGGGGAUCACUGCUGCUAUGAAGUCAUCUCGCUACAUCACAGUACUGCUGGCUGCUAUACACUUCUUCAGUUUCCACAAAUAUGACGUAUGUGACCCCGAGGGUGGCGUUCCCGGCAUCGAUGAGUCUCAACUCCUUCCCGAUUAUGAUUUCAUCAUAGUAGGCGCAGGUUCUGCUGGUUCCGUUUUGGCAAACAGGCUAUCCGAGAUUGCCAAUUGGAAUACUCUGGUACUGGAGGCUGGCGGCCGUGAGACGGAAGUAUCAGAUAUUCCUAUCUUAGCUGGAUACUUGCAAAAAAGUGAAUUAGAUUGGGAAUAUUACACAGAACCCAAUGAGAACUACUGUCUGGGAUUUGAAGGCGGUAGGCUCCUCUGGCCGCGUGGAAAAGUACUUGGUGGCAGCUCUGUUCUGAACUUCAUGCUCUACUUGAGGGGCAAUAAGAGAGACUACGACACAUGGCAAUCCUUGGGCAACAAGGGUUGGGGAUACGAAGAUGUACUAUACUACUUUAAGAAAUCAGAAGAUAACCAAAACCCCGUCUAUGCGCAAACUCUUUAUCAUGGUACAGGAGGAUAUUUAACUGUAUCUGAGGCUCCUUGUCACUCACCUCUGGUUGAAUAUUUUCUCGAAGCUGGAAAAGAAUUAGGGUACGAGAAUAGGGAUAUCAACGGUGAAAAACAAGCUGGGUUUAUGAUUGCUCAGGGCACAGUUCGAAACGGCAGUCGGUGCUCUACUGCCAAAGCAUUUCUAAGGCCAGUUAAAAAUCGCCCGAAUCUCCACAUAUCAUUAAACUCAUUUGUAACUAAAGUGUUAAUUGACCCAAGAACAAAAACCGCAUUUGGUGUCGAGUUUGUUAAGAACAACAAGAUCUAUCGCGUCAGAGCCCGGAAAGAAGUGAUAUUAUCAGCUGGAUCAAUUAAUUCGGCUCAGUUAUUAAUGUUAUCUGGCAUAGGGCCAACUGAAGAAUUAACUAAACACCAAAUACCUAUAAUACAAAAUUUAAAAGUCGGCUAUAACUUGCAAGACCAUCCAGCUGCCGGAGGGCUCGACUACGUAAUGUAUAAAGACGGACAAAAAGCUGUUAAUAUUGAUAUCGACGCGUUAACCACCUUAGUAGACUAUGCUGCUGAAGGGAAAGGACCUAUGACUAUCCUGGGAGGAGUUGAGGGUUUAGCGUUUGUUAACACCAAAUAUGCAAACGCGAGUGAUGACUUUCCCGAUAUUGAGUUUCACUUUCUAACUAGAGUCACAAGUAAUGAUCGUGGAAGAAAGUUAAGGUCGAUUCAAGGAAUUCCUGAAGAUUUUUUUAAUGCGGUUUUUGCACCGAUCACCGAGCCGUCGUGGGCCAUCAUGCCUAUGUUGCUGAGACCUUAUAGCAGAGGCCGCAUUCAGCUAAAAAGCGCCGACCCCUAUGACCCUCCCCUUUUAUACCCCUAUUACUUCACAGAUAAAUAUGAUAUGGAUAUAAAAACCAUGGUCGAAGGAGCAAAGCUCGUAUAUGCUCUGUCGAAAACAAAGGCUAUGCAGAAAUUCGAGUCAAAAUUUAAUCCUAACAUUUUUCCUGCUUGCAAAAAUAUUCCACUGUACAGUGAUGCGUUUUGGGAGUGUAUGAUAAGGCAGCUUACGUUGACGGUGUAUCACCCGGUGGGGACCGCCAAGAUGGGCCCGUGCUGGGACUCCGACGCGGUGGUGGACGACGAGCUCCGGGUGUACGGGGUGAAGGGGCUGCGCGUCAUCGACGGGAGCAUCAUGCCAUUGAUUGUGAGCGGUAACACCAACGCUCCCAUCAUCAUGAUCGGUGAAAAAGGAAGUGACAUGAUCAAAGAGCAUUGGUUAAAGGAAGGAAAAUAUCGAUAUUAGUUUAAUUUUCUGCAAC